AUGAAGGGUCUUGUUCUCCUCGCCAGUUUGUUGGCCGGUUCGGCCUCUGCCCACAUGCAGAUGUCGAAGCCGUACCCCAUCCGCAGUCCUCUCAACAAGGAUUCGAAGGGCGAGAAGGACUACUCCUACACCAACCCGCUCCAGGCUUCUGGAUCAGACUAUCCGUGCAAGGGCUACGCCAAGGAUGAAUUCGAGUCCCAGGCUACCUACAAGCAGGGCUCGAAAUACACCAUGGAGCUCGAGGGUAGCGCAACCCACGACGGUGGCUCCUGCCAGUUGGCUCUGACCUACGAUCAGGGAAAGACCUUCAAGGUCAUCGAGUCGAUGCUCGGAUCUUGCCCCAUCGACAAAAAGUAUGACUUCACCAUCCCCUCGGAUGCUCCUGAUGGCGAGGCUCUUCUCGCCUGGACCUGGUUCAACAAGGUCGGCAACCGCGAGAUGUACAUGAACUGCGCCAUGGUUACAAUCGGCAGUGACUCCAAGGGUAAGCAGGAUUCUGCUCACAAGAGUGCUCAGCACACCGUGGAGCACGCAAACCACCCCAAUCAUCCCAAUCACCCCAAUCAUCCCAAUCACCCCAAUCAUCCCAACCACCCCAAUCAUCCACCCAUGAAGCAGGCAGGCCCCCCUAAGAACAUGGAGCACGAGCAUGAGCACAAGGAUUUGGUCCACCAGCACGAGCAACGCGACAUGACUGGCCAGAUGAAGACCAUGAGCUUCGACAGCCUGCCCGAGUUGUUUGUUGCGAACGUCGACCAGGCUGGAAAGUGUGUGACCAUUGAAGGUGAAGCCGUCAACUUCCCCAUGCCCGGUGAUAAUGUCGUUGGCAAGGCCGAAGGAAAGGGUUACAAGUGCGAAAGCAACGCUCCCUUCCUCGGUGCCGGUGACUCCGGCUCAUCCGACUCGUCUUCCAACAAGACCACCACCGACUCGUCUUCCAAGAAGACCACCAACUCCACCCGCAGCGUCCCUUCCAACACCAGCGAAUCGAUGUCCAAGAUCGCCUCCGCCUUUGGCACUCCCUCCGCUGACCCUCGUGUCUUGAACGGUCAGUCCUCCAACUCCCAGGAGGCUUCCACCAACAACGCCUUCUCUGCCUACGUUGGUGGCUGGACCUGCACCUCGGGCGAGAUCCUCUGCGCUCCCGAUGGCAUGAGCUGGGCUAUGUGCUCCAACGAGCAGCCCGUAUACAUGGGCCCUGUCGCUGCAGGCACCAUCUGUCGCUUCGGCUCUAUCGUUGCCACUCGUGGAUGGUAA